AUGCGCACGAAGAAACUCAGUUGGUGUACUUACCUGCAAGGGGUGGCCAUCGUUGUGGUGAUUCUGUUCACACUACAGCAUUUGAACCCAUCUCCAGCAGAGCAGGAAAUUCCAAGAGCUAGCACAGCUGCACCUGUGGAAACGGCGACCACGCUGAGCUACGCAGCAGUGUCCAAGAGCGAGUCCAAAGAAGGAGAGGAUUCAACUCGUUUGACAGCAACUCCCAAUGAGGCUGAGCAAGGUGGAGACGAGUUGGUGCAGCCGCGUUUGGUGGCAGAAAGACAGGAUCUGGUCGCCUGGAUUAGCGGUGUGGCAACACACCAGGAGUUGGACGCUCUGAAGGCUUUGCGUGCAACCUUGUCAGAGGGCCGGGAUGCCCUGAGCAUCACACGCCAAGUCAACAAGCUUCGGCCUGAUGGCUGGAAGUUCUGUGUUCAAGAGGGUGAGAUUUGCCAUUGUGACGGCCUAACUCGAUACGGUGAUUUUGAUCUCAACCAGUGGGUUGAAAAGAAAGAGUUCAAGUCUCCCAUUCUCUGCCAUCAUAGUCAGUAUGGCUUGAAACCAGAGCAGGAUUUCUCUCCUGGCAAGCUGAAGUACUGUCAGUGUCGAGCACCGCUCCCGAAGUGUCCCAACGGACAGCCAUUUCGGGAGGAAAACUGUCCAGUCCCUGGGCAAACUUGCAGGGCUGGGUGCUUGCCGAGGAUGCCCAGAACUCCCUCGAGCCUGGUGCCCCGCAGCAAGCUUUGCUCGAAGGCAGAGCCGAACGAACUGAUUUGGUCAUGCGAUCACAGGCGAUCUUUAAAGCCUCGAAAGGGCCACUCACACAGUGAUGCCGAAGACCUGUUGGAACGCGGCAUGGCGAAAAUCUGUGAGGAUCCUCAUCUGGUGCCCGAGGUGGAGGUGUGGCUGGAGUGUGACUUCGUAUCACAGUUCCUGCGCUGGACAAGUUCGGCAUCUCCCUGGAUAGAAGAAGCUUAUGUGACGUAUGUGGGAGGGCCGAAAGACAGCAACUACGAGUGGCAGGCCACGAACUUAAUUCGAUCAAUUGAUUUGUUCUCGACUCGCCCAUUGAUCAUUGUGAUCUUUGGGGAUCAAUUCGUGCCCCCUUCCUCGUGGCAGUCUAUGCGAAACGUCAUCGCGUACCGUAUGAGACCCAUCUCGCGCGGAGUUUCCUUCAACUUCAAUAAGGUUCGAUCAAUACUUGCAUCUCGGGUGAUAGUAGGGAUUCAGUUGGACACAGAUCAGCUCAUCUUCAAAGGCAUGGAUCAGGUCUUUGAGGGCACCCGCCGAGAGAUCACAGAAUUCUAUCCUUGGCCAAUUCUCCCCGUGCAUUGGAUGUCGAGAGAUGAUACACCAGGAAAUCCUUAUGCACAUUAUGCAUUCAGAGGAUGGGAUGGCCCUCAGAGCAUGCGCUGGUGCCAUGCACAUCCAACUUGGACUUCGUUUGCCAUACCAUGGUUCGGAGAUCUGAUGCAUGAGCGGAUGCUUGCUGCUACGGGCAGAAAAACUUCCACCCUGGUCUUUGACUUGGAGCAGGUUCAAGAGACUGGCAUUAGUGUUCUGGAUCUUGUUCGAAAGGGCGAAAAAGCGAAGGUCAAGAGGCAUGUCGAGAUGAGCAAUGCCAUGUGGGAAGACGAAGAUAUGAUGAACGUCAAUCUGUGGCGGCACAAGGUGAACAACUCCUGGUGCAAGUUUGAUUUGGAGCCAAACCUGUUUCUUCUGAGACGGAGUCUGGAUAAAAAGCUGUAUUUCGAUCCGAAAUGGUAUCCAGAUGGUAUGCCCGUCCUGUUCCUGUCCAUACACAACACUAAGAACUUCGAUCCUGCUGACCUCCUGCUACGGUUGAUGGAGCUGUGCCAGAAUGGUGUAGAGGAUUUGGAGUGUCCUUCGAAAGAGUCUGAGUUCAUGAUGCCGAUCUGUCGUGUUGGUGUUCAGCAGGAGCGGGAGUUGCGGAUGUCCAUUCAGGACUACUCUGCAAAAGCGUGCUGCUGCUUGGAACCACGUUGGUCUCACCCAGUAUUUUGGAGUGGCCACUGGUACCAGAGCUUAAGAGAAGUUCCCGACAGGGCUCACGAAGGUGCGGCAAGGCGGAAGUGCCUCGUACCCUGA